UCAGAUCAUCAUUUUAGACAUCUACAAAGACCCCCCACCGCAGUUGCCCAUUCCCUGCGGCACUUGCAUAACAGCACCAGUACAUGGGGCGAGGACCAUGAUGUCCUGGGGGUGAUGGCCCUGGAUGCCCACCUCCCAGGGCACCCUAUCGACUCUGCUCAGGAGCUGUGGCCCCCAGCGCCCGCUCCCAGCUUGACCUUGCUCAGCGGCUGCUCGCCGGAGAUGUGAACGCUGCAGGGCAGGAGGGCCCCCACGCCGGGGGAAGAGGUAGUGGGGAUAAGGCCGAGGCUCCUUCCCCUUCCCGGCUUCAGAACAGUGUGGGACAUGUCCUGCAACGGGCCUGGAAGCCGAGACCUCUCCCGUGGGAUGCACGGCAGGGGCCAGCUCCUUCCCCGAGAGGCCGCAGCUUUCCCGCCGCUCCCGGGGCACGCUCGGCCGCCGCCCGUCCUCCCGCAGCUCCCGCACCGGCACGAGGCAGCCGGGGCUGGGGACGAUCCAGCUCUCCCUGCCUCGCCCGGAGCCCCCCGUUCCAGCCUCCCUCCCUCCUUCCCUCCCUCCCGCCCCGACACGUGCGGCCCCGCCCCGGCCCCGCCCCGGCCCCGCCCCCCCGGUGGCGGCGGCGGCGGCGGGCGGAAGCGCGCGGCGUGUGGCGGCGCAUUCGCGGCGCGGGAUGGACCCGCCGGCCAAGGAGGGGCCGCUCCUGGUGCAGCACAGCCACAAGUUCGGCACCAAGAGGUGGAAGCGGAGCUGGUUCGUGCUGUACCCGGCCAGCCAGCACGGCGUCGCCCGCCUGGAGUUCUUCGACUGCAAGGAGCCGGCGGCGCCGCCCGAGCGGCUGGGCACCAGGCGGCUGGACAAGACGGUGGUGCGGCUGGCCGACUGCACCAGCGUGGGGCCCGUGGCCGAGAGCGGGCCCCGGCCCGGCACGGCCGUCUUCCGCCUGGAGACCAGCGACAAGAGCUACCUCUUCGCGGCGGAGAAGCAGCAGAGCGAGGAGUGGGUGGCGAAGCUGUGCGAGAUCGCCUUCCCGGGAAAUGGCCCCAGCGAUGCUGGCGUGGCGGCCCGGCGUGGCAGAGAAGGCAGCGGGGAGGCACCGGCCCUGGAGAUGGCCGUGAACUCCAUCUACUACUCCAGAGAUGAAGUGAACACCUUCUGGGUGACGGUGCAACGGACCGAGGCUGCGGAGCGAUGCGAGCUGCGUGGCUCCUACGUGCUCAAGGCGGAGCGUGACAGCCUUGUCCUGAAGGACCCACGGACAAAUGAGAUCCUCUACGUCUGGCCCUACCGUCUGCUCCGGAGAUACGGCCGGGACAAGGUGAUGUUCUCCUUCGAAGCUGGCAGGCGCUGCGACUCCGGCCCAGGGAACUUCACCUUUGAGACCAAGCAGGGCAAUGAGAUCUUCCGCCUGGUGGAAGCCUCCAUCCGGGAGCAGAAAGCGCAGGUGGAGGAGAACCGGCAAAGCUGUGACUCGCUGGAUUCGGACAGCCCCAGCGUGGUGCUGAUCCGCCAGGCCCUGGCCGACUCCCUGAGCCUAGAGCUGCCCGCAGAGGGGGAUGACGCCCUGGCACCCAAAGUGGGGCUGGUGCCCAGGCCCAGUGUGGCGGCAGAGGAGAGAGACGCCACGUCUCUGCUGAAGACCCGGACUCUACCAGAGCUCCCUGUGCCACAGCCCAAGCCGGCGGUCCCGAGCACACCCCCGCGCUCCCCUCUGCCAAAGGCGCCCCGUGCCGUGCUGCCGGCCGAGGACCCGUCCAGCGUGUACUCGGAGCCCCUGGACUCGGUGAAGGGCUUCCGUCCCUGGCUGGACCCGCUGUACUCGGACCCCAUAGACAGCAAGCCUGCGAGCGGGACCAAGGCGCCCAGCGGUGCCUCGGACGAGACGAAGCUCCGGCUGCCGGCGCCACUGUACUCGGGCACAUACGAGCAGGUCCGGGCUGAGGGGCGCAGCCAGGCCCCCGCCAUGCCCGGGCGGAAGGAGCACAUCUACGAUGAGCCCGAGGGUCGCGCUCCCCGCUCGUUGCCACCCCCCACCUGCAUCUACGACGAAGCGCGGCCCACGGGCGAGGCCUGGCGCACCCAGGGCCACGAUGGCAGGGGCGGCUACGAGUAUCCUUACAACCCCAGCACUGACGACUACUCGGUACCUGCCUUCCAGGCCAAGGCCAAGGGCCCCAAGCCGCUACCUGCCCCCAAGCCCCAGGCAGCCUUUAUCCCCAAAGGUGGCGAGAGGAGCGGGGACCUUAGCAGGCGGCGGGGGAACCCCGCUCCUGAGAAGGUGGCUGUCAAACCCAGCCUCAACAGCAGCAACAACAACAACGUGGAGGUGCUGUACAGCCAGGUGGUGAAGCCCCAGCCCCUGCAGAAGAGGGAGCAGUCUGUGGAUGAGUGCAGCUUGUCGCCUGUCUACGAGGACCUAGGAGAGAUAUAGCGUGCUGCUGCUCUGUACCUGCCCGGGAGGGACUGGGGGGCACAGGCACGUUCCUGAGCAGUUGCCGGCUGCUGUCCUCCACGGGUCACGGGGGUGGCUUGGGGCUGGGGACUGUCCUGGCUCAGGCAGAGUGCGUCUUGCUCACCAGCGCUUAGGGGGCUGCCUUUCCCUGGAGGUCCUUUCCACAGCGAGAGCAAGAGAGCUGUGGCUGGAGCAGGUGCCAGCGUGCUUCUCCUGCUCUGGAGCUGGCUCGGCUGCUGCCUCCUGAUCCACAGGAGGGCUGGCCCUAUUACCCUGCGCCUGUUGCUCUGGCUCGGCGCUGGGUCCCUCUCUGACCAGGCUGCAGGGCAGGGAUGCCUGUUGCGGUGCACGGAAGACUGCUUGCCAUCAGUCUCCAAAAAUAUUUUUAUACAAGAUUAUUUUAAUAU